GCGGCGCUGGCGGGCUGGAGGCUCCCUCGGGAGCAUCCUCGAAAGCGCCGUUGACGGCCAAGGGAGGCGGGCAGAAGGCGAGGGCGGGAAGCUUUGCACGGUGGCAAUUAGAAACGGAGGUGGAGGGGAAUGUCUCUUCUGUGCAACGUGGGGAGUAUCGUCUGAAGGGUGCAUCGAGAUGGGGAGGAGGGGUUGAACCUGGAGAAGGGGCGUCGGCGGCGCGAGGGGAGGGAGUUGCGAAGUUGGCGGUGUCUCCCGUGCCGGUUUAAUGCCUGGCUGCUGAUGAGAAGCGCGGGCAGCAAAUGGAGGACUCGGCGACGUUGACUUCCCCUUUGUCUCUUGCAAAACGGCGAGGCGCCGGUGAAGAUCCUGACGUGCAUGUGCUGGGGGAAAUUCUCCGGCGGCGGGGCGGAGUUAAACCUCACGCUCCAAGGGUUGCCGGAACGUGGAAACAAGCGCGCGGGUUUCUUGCGUGUAAUGAAACGAAGUGUUGGAGCCGAAGGACUCUCGGAUCCCGUCGUGCUUUUGUUAAAAACAGUCGGCGCUGGAGAAGUAAAGGGCGACCACCGUUGCCUUUGUCAGAUUGCACUCAGAAUCAUCAUCAUCUUAGAAAUUUGCUUUUGUAGCCUUUGUGAGCCUUCUUUAGCUCUAUGCUAUCACUUCAUCACUCCUGAAGAUGUAUAUGCUGGUAGAAAAGCACUCAAACUCUGUUCUUCAUCUGAAGAGGUCACCUAGUAUCAGAUCCUGGUCUGUCCUUGUUGGGAUCGCCUCUGUUGGCCUGGCUGCUGCUUACUAUAGUGAGGAUAGUUUGGGAUGGAAAAUCUUCUAUCUUGCUGGCUGUCUUUUUGUAGCUGUGCAGAAUCUGGAGGAAUGGGAGGAAGCUGUAUUUGAAAAGGAUACAGGGAAGGUCUUCCUAAAGACAUUCAACCUUUACAAAAAGCUGUUGACCCUGUCAAGGGCUGGCAGUGAGCAAGUAGUGGUGGUUCCGCUGGAUGAAAUUCAGGCAGCAAAUGUGGAAGAAGAGAAAGUCCGUUAUUUUGGGAAAGGAUACCUAGUCGUGUUACGAUUUGGCACUGGGUUUUCACAUCCUCUAACACAGAGUGCAGUCAUGGGCAACAGAAGUGAUGUAGAGGCUGUGGCCAAGCUCGUUACCAACUUUCUUGAACUGAACAAGGUGCCAGCUCACCAGGACUUUGAUGACAGCAGUGAAAGUGAUGUUACUGAUGAAGAGGAACCCAAGGAUAAGUAGCAACAUGAACCCAAGGACAACGAGCACAGAAAAUAAGAAUUUUCCAAGCGAAACCUCUUGAGGUCUGGAUUUUUGGCUGUGGAUGUUUAUAAACUCUCUCCCUUCUAUAGUUACAAAUGUUUGAUAAGGCAGAGAAGACUAGAAGAAACUCAUUGUUGAAGUAUUUCUUCCCAGCUGUGUGGACUGAAAUUUGCCUAGAGGAACUGAAGUGGCAAUGCUAUUGCCAAAGUAUCAAUGAUCACCCAAGCCAAAUGUGCACAGCCCUGGGUGUGCAGCCAAUUUUACCAUUUUUAAAAUCUUGUUUGUUGCUGCUGCUGCUAGUUACUCUCAUCAUGCUAUGAAUGAUUCCAUUGCUUUCUGCUGCUUCCCUUUCUCACACUGCUGAACUUGACCAUCCAAGUGCUUGAGUAUUUUACAUUUCAAGCAGCCAGUCUCAGACAGCCAAGCCCGAUGAUCUUCAAGCUUGCCUGCACGCACCCCUCCCAACUAGUAUCUACAUACAGGAAGUCAAAUGGCAAAGCUUUCUCCUCUCAAUCCAGGAGAAGGAAAAACAAUUUGGCAUUUCAUCCAAAUUCAAAAUAUUCUUAAUAGUAAAUGUUAAUGAAAAACAAAUUGGUUUAAUGCAAUCCUUGUUUAAAUAUUUACAGUUAGAAAAAAAAAACAACCCACAGAUCUGCAUUCAUACAUAACCUACUUUCAUUCUGAAAGAGUUCACUCUCCUGUAUGCAAAGGAAGUAGUGGUAUGGGACCCAAAGCUCACUUUGACUUGUUCACCCAAUGUGAUUUGUGUUAGGUGCCUCUCCCCGCAACGUUUAAAUAGAACACUUAUAUUACAUUGGAAGCUUCCUUUGAACCAAAGUCCAAGAACAUUAGCACAAAGAAAUUGUGGAUACACACCAGUAAUAGAAAACUCAGAUUAGCCACCAUCAACUUUCUGAUAAAAUACAGAAAAGCAGGUAAUGAAGUAAGAUCGCCGUAUAUAUGGAGGAUCGAUUCCAGGCAGUGGAUAAGUGAAACCGUGGAUACUGAUCCUGAAGAUAAAGCGGUCCUAGUGUACUGGUCUGUCAUUAGUGAACUGAUCAGUAUAAUAUAGGUGUUCAAUUGAGAUAUUAAAGAAGUAAAUAUGGAAGAGAUGCUUCCAUAAUCAAUAAAUUCCAUAAAUUUGGUUUCACUGAUUUGAAAAAGUUGAGAUCUGUCCUUGGUUCUUAGAUUUAAAAUAUAUACAUAUACCUCACAUUUCAGACCUUCUAAGUGUUUGAUUUACAAGCUUGCUUUUGUUGUUCUGCUCAUGGUAGAUAUUUUAUAAAUGUCUUGAGCUACUGAAAAUGUAUUUACUGUAAUUUUAAAUACCUCUCAAAAGAAAGUAUAUAUCACAUAACUCCUACCACUAAAUGUUUUUUGUUUUUGGCUUUUGUUUUUUUUACAUUUUUUUACAGCUUCAUGUACUGUUUGAUAUUCAGUAUUAAGAUUUUGGGUAGAAACACAAAUCUUAAAAUAGAACUUUUUCCUUUCCUUGUUUCCUUUUGAAUAUAUGCACACCUGGCUAAAAACAGCUGUUUAGCAAAACCAAAAAAAAACAACAACCCAGCAUCCUAUAUUGAAUUGUCUCAAGACGGGGCAUAAUGAAUGUGUAUGUUUUGAACUCUGAAUGAUGUUUUACUUCCUGGGGACUUGCGUACAAAGUUACAAUAAUAUAUGAUAUUCCGGAA